UCUGUCCUCUGCUAGCAUGCUGAGAACACAGGUUUAUGCCAGCCAAAGUCCUUCUCAACGACAUUUAUAUAGGAUGGAGAAUAUACCUGAAUAUGAUAUGAGAGCGUUCUUUCGUGCACGCGUACUUUCACUUUGAUCGGGUCUCUGCUGGCGCGCCAGGUGCUCAUUGAAGGGAGCGAGCGCUGUUGGCGCAAGGUGUGGCGAGUGGACAAAUGUGGCCUUUCUACAAUGAACCGAGGACAAUUCAAUCAGCGUUUGUAAAGCCGCGGACGAAGGGAUAAUACUGUGUGUUUCUCUGUAGACAGUGGAGUUUUAAAGCCUAACUGGAUUGGAAACCGAGGUACCCUCUAAACCUGUCUAAUCAGGGUUACAUGCUGACUUGACUCUCCUUCAUUGAGCUCCAUACCGCUCCUCCAGCCCCAGAUGAUGCGGACGGACAAUAAAGGCCGAAGCGCCUCCCCCCACAGGAAUGCUUACAAGUCUGACUUUCACACCAUCAAAUGCUCCUUGGACACCACGACCAGGCCUAGACCUUCUUCCCUGGGCGCCUCUAUCCCUUCACCUGGCCCCAUGGCAGUCCCUCACACCAGGACUAGCAGUGGGAGUGACCCUGGUGAGGGUACCAGGGGUAGGGCCCUCAGCCCUAGAGGAACUAAGAUCAAAGACAACAUCUUCCUCCAGAUGGACAGCCAACAGCACCUCCUCCACCCCUUAUCUCAGGCCUUGCCCAAACACCCUCUCAGCUCCAGCUCUGUCCGGAGCAGUGUGGCCAGCAUGUCCAGCUUAGAAUCGUCUAUGCUAGAUAAACCGUCUAAGGCAGAGGAGUUAGCAGAGAUAGAUAGAGCUGCUCUAGCCCAGAAAUUCUCGGUGACCCGGAAGCUCUUUGAGACGGUCAGUGGGGGUCAACGUAUAAAGGUCAGCCCUGGCAGAGAGAGCAGGGGUUCGGUGGAAGAGAGUGGGGAGGAAAGGGGGCAGCUGACAUCCAUGUCAGAAAGCGAAGGAAAGGGUGAGAGAAGGAGAGCGCAAGAGGAAAGAGAACUCAUGAACAUUUCUCUACCCAACAUAGCACUCCAUACACCCACUUCCUCACUAGACACCAGCUUGCCUACACCCCUUCACCCUGUUAAUGGUCACUCCAGUGAGACAUUUUCCCCUGACGGUUCAAGUCCUACAACUGACCCCUCAGACAGCAGGAGUGUGUGCGAAAGAAGUGUGUUAGAUGGGAGUGUGUGUGAGGACUUUGUGGUCUUCCAUGUAUCCAACCCUUGUAGCCCAGCACCCAGCUCCCCCCACUCUCAGCCUCCAUCCCCUUCUUACAACUCCCCUAGUCCUCUCACUCCAGUCUCCCCCUGUUCUGACCAGACUGACCUUUAUAGCUUUAGUAGUCCUAAUGCUGACCCCCUGGACAACAGGAACCACCCUAAUGACCUUUACAUGACCCCUGGUGUCCCUUUGACCCCCAAAGAGGGGUCAGGGGCUGGGACUGUAAGGGCGGAACUAGUGGAAGUGAAGAACGAGUCGUCUGAGAGCGAAGGUAACGAAGGAGAGGAAGAGGACACCAUAAAGGAAGAGACUAUGAAGGAAGAGGAGGAAAGCACAAGGGGGGACGGCAAUGAGAAUAACCUGGUGGAUGAGCUGUUUGAAGAAUCCAGAGUGGAACCUCGAAUGGUUGAACCUACAUCGGAACAAAGAACAGUAGAACCUAGAAUGGUGGAACCUACAACGGCACAAAGAACAGUAGAACUUAGAAUGGUGGAACAGAGAAUGGUUGAACCUCCAGUAGAACCCAGAAUGGUAGUGUGUGUGGAGGGAUUCCCUGACAGUCCUGAGGUGACAGAACAGGAAAAUGAAUCAGAAAGAGACAUGAACCAGCAGGUGACAGAACAGAGGGAGGGGCGAAUGGAGGGAGAAAACAGACUGAUCAGCCAAGAAAUAGAGCAGUACAGAGAAGAGGGGACAACUGGAGACGGUGAGAGAGAGAAAGUGGAGGUAGGGACGGAAGAAGGAGAUGAGGCAGGAGAGCAGGAGGAGGAAAAGAAAAGAAGAGGGAGGUGA